AUGUUUUUCAAUUGCUCUUAUCAGGAUCAAGAAAAGACUUUUAUAUAAAUUUCGUCAGAGGUAAUUGAAACAGAAAUAGCCACUAUUAAUGUGCCUAAUGCAAAAGUAAUUUAUCCAAAAGACUUAUAAAAUUAAGAAAUAAGUCAAAUCUUCUCCUAGAAUCAAGACAUUACUAUGUACUCAUUCAUGCAUUCAUCUUCUACUGUUUCAGUUAGUUAUCUCGAAUUUAUGGAAUAAUUUGCUAUUACAUAUCAUGGAUAUACAGUAAUUUUAGAAAAUGAAGAACAUGUCAAUAGAUGGAACCCUCCUAAAAGUGAAAGAUACUUUUUGGUUGUUUUCUCCUUCUUUGGGAUCUUGAAAAAGUUUAGUAAUGAUGCUCUCAAGAAUUUCAAGAAAGAUUUAUCUAAUAGAAGUUUAAUUGGAAUGUGCUGCUAUAAGUCCAUUUAAUGGCUUGGUUUAGUCGAGCAUUAUGGUCAAGAUAAAUUGUUAUCUCCACAUAUAGUCAAGAAUUUUUUAUAGAAAUAUGAUCUGGAAUUUGUAUUCAUACGAUGUUAUCAAAAUGUUAGUCUUAAUUCUCUGCCUUUCAUUUAUGAUGAAAUCAGAAAUUAAUACAUCUUCGAUUUUAAUGAUAUGAAUUAAGGCUCAACCAUAUACUUUUGGAAUUCUAAACAAUAUUUAGGUUCCUAUUUCAUUCCGCAUAAGCAUUAUGAAAUCUUAGAAAAUGUGAAGAGAAUGUUAAUGGAUUGGAAAAAUAAAUCAAAUCCAUUUACAUUCUUGAACGAAUAUAAUCUUAAUAAUCAAGACUUAGAUUUUUAUAAGAAUUAUAUCAAUAGAAUAUUACAUGAAUAGAAUCAACCUCAAUUGACCUUUUCAACUCUGACAUCAAUUAUAUUCAACAGUAUUUUAAGUGGUUCAGAAAAAACGACUUACAAACAAAACAAUAGAUACCCAUUAUCGUUUUGUAUCAAUCCUACUAUUAUUGUUCUUAUCCCUUUGGGCUUUAAUCAAUCUGGAUUUGAGAGAUUAUUUCAAUAAUUAUAAUAGAUAUUCUUUUUUGUGAAUAAAAUUACAUCACCAGGAUAAAUAACCAAUAAAUAUUAAAUUUGUUAUUUUAAUAGAUCACUUAGUUGGGAUAACUCUAUAAAAUUGAUUGAUCAACUUAAAAAAAAAAAAAAUGUAGUGACUGUAGGACUUAUGCAUUAAAAUAAUCAUUAAUAAUAUAAAUUGAAUUCUGAAGUGUGUUUCCCAUUCUCCUAUGAGUACAUUUCAUAAAGUUUAAUAGAAUCAUCAAAUAAUUACUAAGAUUUUCAGGAGAAUAUUGAAAUUUUAUUAUCCUACCGAAACCAGGAUCUAAGAUAAUUGCCAGUGCAUGAAUUAUUAUGUAUUCCUCUUUAACCAGAUGAUCAAUAAUCAAAAAGGAAUAGCAAACUGUGUUAAGAAUAGGAUAUAUAGGAAAUAAUCUUUAACAAAGAUCUUAAUGUAGAAUAAAUGAGAAGCAUUUUCUUUACAUUGAGAUAACACCAACUUCAUUUGACAGAUCAUUAUUUCUAAAUAUUGUCUUAUGAUUUAAUUGCUGACAUUGAAUCCUAAUUGAAGAUUUUUCUACAAAACCCAAAGAUGUCAAAAUCAUACAUAAUUAUCACAACUCAAUAAUAUAAGCCGAUCGAAUAAAAAUAGAAACCACUUUAGUACAUUAUCACUGAUGAUAGUUGGAAGGAAAUAGAGGAUUAUGUACUUGAUUCCCUGGAACUUGUGGGAUAGAAAUUUAGGCAGAGCGAGACUAUAGCUCAGACUAUUUCAUGUUUGACUGAUUAAUUUCUGGCUUCUGGACCGAUAGUUUAUAAUAAAAACUUAAUUCCUUUUAAUAUCCACAUUAAAGGUCAGAAAGCAUACUCAGCCAAAAUGCAAAUGGUUGUGAUAGUGCUGAAUGCAAUUAUCAUUAUGAUCCCUGAAAACACUAAGUUGUUCUAAGGAAUAACUAUCUACACAAAAUAGUUGGAGGCCUAGCAUAUGAAUGAAAUUUUACAUAUCUUGAAGGAUAAUAUAUAAGUAUUAUAAAGGGAAAACGUUGAGAUGCGAUCGGUUCUAAAUCAGUAAUUUAGUUUAAAGAAUCAACAAUGGAAUGCUUACAUUGUUAAGUUUUCAUCGACCGAAAUUAAAUUUAAGAAUAUAAAUUAGGAAUGA